UGAUCAGGGGCAAAAAUAGUGGUUCAGGCAACAGUCAGCUAUGUCUCAGUCAAAAUUCAGCAAAAUUAUUUCACCUCGGGCUGUUCGUUUCAGUUUAGAGGCUCCCCGUCGAAGGAGAACCGGUUUUCCAAGUGGCACAUGGAGCCGGUCCUGGUCCCGCCAGGCUCCGGCAGCGGCGCCGCAGGUCGCCAUAGACACUGUUUGGGCACGCCCCGAGUGACGCAGCUGGACGCCAAUGACGGACUAGACGAAAACACCAGCGCGCCUCCCUACCAGGCAUCUUUCAUUGAUUUGCGACGUUUCCCGCCGUCAGCCGCGAAGAGCGAGGCCGCGGCGGCCAGCGCGCGCACCCGCACCGCUGUCUCACUGACCUAGAAACCGGCAUCGAUCAAGGAGCUGAGCGAGGGGGUGGCUGACUUAGGCCUGUCAUUAAAAAUUCAUUCAUCCACACAUUGCAUUCAUUCAGCUCCCCUACAAAAACCACGCGCCUUUCCUCUAGUUUCUAAAGUUCCCAUAAACUCUUUUGUUUCCAGCCGGGCCGGUCCAAAGUCAGCGGCGGCGCCCACCAGGAGGCCCAGCAGGCUCAGGUGAUGGAGUGCGGGCCGCGGCGGUGCCAGCCGCUGUUCUUCUGCCACGAGGCGUCCAACACCUGCAAGCCGUGCGGCGACAUCUGCAACAAGGCGCGCCCGGCCCAGUACGAGCCGGGCCUGUGCCUGGAGCAGUGCCGAGGAACCGCACGGGUCCUCGGCGCCACGGGCCUGGCGCUCGGCGUGGUGGCGCUGGUCACCGUCCUCGUGCUCGCCGGCUUGAUCCUCUUCUUCGUGUACCGGCGGCCGCGUCAGCUGCUCAACUUUCUCCAGAACCGAGUGGAUGUCGAGACCCCCGAGAUGAAGGCCAAGAUGUCCAUGAACAACAACAAGUCCUGCGGCGCGGACAUCGGGCGCGACCUCAACAGCUCCGUGUGCACCGUGUCCGGCAGCGUGUCCGAGGCGGACCUGCGGCUGCACCACCACCACGCGAGCGCGGGGCCGCAGCAGCCGCCGCUCGCCCUGGCCUCGGCCCUGGCCCUGCCCGCGCCGCUGGGCUCCACGCUCAGCCCGGUGCCGCCGCUGCCGCCCGCGCGCCACCCCUCCGAGGACUCGACGCUGGACUACGCGGCCUACGACAACCCGGCGCUGUCGCCGUCCAGCUCGCCCCUGCCCCCGGGGGUCGGCAACGGCAAGGCGAUGGACGCCGUCCUGGAGUCCGUCAUGGACCACAACUCGCUCCCCGGGUCCGUGCCACGCCACCUCCUCAACGGCAUGCCCAACGGUGCGGUGGCGCGAAUGGAGAGCAGUUUCUGACCUUUGACCCACCCUUAUCGGCCCUCCGUGCGUGUUGCAGGAACGUAGAACCUACAUUGAGAAAGGUUGAAAGUGGACGUUUGUUUUUUAAGCAGAGCUUUUCGGGACCAUCCGUUUUUAAGUGGUUGUUUAAUUUUCCAGUCCUACCUGAGCACAGAAUCAAACCCCUCAACCGUCCAGUGUUUGAUAAAGUAGAUUCCACCCUUGACUUGCUCAAAAUGGUCAAUAUUUCUCAUACAGAACAACGUGAUCCCAAACGUGGUAUGAGAUCUACCUACUACAAGUGAUGAAUAUGUAUAAUCUAAAAUGUAUAACUUUUUGAACAUCUUAGUAAUGAAAGGUCAUAUGACCUGCACUUUCUUGUGAAUGAUCAUUGUGAUAUUAGAGCUAAGAUUUUAUUAAGAAAGCACACUGUCUUUCCAUUUUAUUGUUGUUGUAUAAACAGCUUCUCAGUAUUCAAGUUAUCAAUACCUGUUAAGGUGUUGAAUUUCUGGGUUGUGAAUAAUGUCUUAUGUAUUCAGCUGUCUUUUGUGAAUAUAGUAUGACAGAAGACUGACCUUUCCAAGUGGAAAAGUGAGAAGCAUCUUCUUAACAGGUUCUGUGUGGCGUGAUCACUUGCACUGACUAUGUUAAUGAAGGUACCUUUUUACGAUCCAUUAUGUAGUAUGUCGCUUCAGUAGGAUGCGAAUUAAAGUCAUCCCCUCCGCUGUCUCGCAAUAAAAAUAUUCGUUAGUGUUACAGGA